AAUCUCUCCGAGGUGUUACCAUUUAUCUAAUAUAGCAGAAGUCAACAGGCGCAUUUAGAUAAGUCUAAGAAAUUUUCAGGGCUCGAACCCUUUGAAAAGUUUAGCUCAUUUUAUCCACAAAUGACAGUGUCUCCGAAAAUGAAAUGAAGAAUAAAUGUGACUACCCCUUCCCAAGAUGCGGCAGUCCGUUACGGGACCCCCUUCUUUUAUUAAGUGACCGUGACGGCGGGAAGAGCCACAACGGGAGCAGGCGUGAGACAGGAUCACCAGGUGGCGGAUCCACCUUAAGAGAGUCGGGCUGGAGACGCUUGGUCACGUGACGCGAUUCCUGGAAAGUUCCUGGAAAGCGGCCUUUGUAUUUAGCAGGGCUCGGGUGAGCUGCUUCUCAUACGGAUUGGAUUAAAACAAAAACACGCGCAGACGUACGUGUUUGCAAAACGUUACAGAAAGCUAAGAUCUACAGUCCAGAAAAUGCAUUUUGUCCACUUCUGCGUUCGUUUCGACAACAUUUACGCUUCAAUGGGACUUUUCAAUUUUAGCAGCGCGGCGUCUUUUAUUUCUGUCCCCCGGGUCUGAAGUGGUAGUGGAAUUCUGGUAGGAUUCAAAAGCAAAUCUCAUUGAAGGGGUGCUGUGGUUUCGGGACAGGGGGCGUGGGCAGGUGGUGGUGGGGGGUCACUCUUCGUCUUUCAGUCUGUAGCACUCCACCAAUAGUAGCAUUUCACUGGUUGCCAAGAGGUGUGAUUUUGGGGAAACGUUUUUUUCCUGCUGUGACAGUAAACAAAGCGAGAAAGGGGUAAAAAAAUCACUUGUGAAGUCACACAUCCCGACCUCCCUUGAAUUUUCGUCUCCCACUCAAUUGACACGCUGCGCCCAUAGGUGCUGGACGUGGAUCCAGCUACUGGCGCUCUAGGCACCGACUGCUACGACUCUCUCUUUUCCUCUCCGUUCUUUGGAAAGCGUGGGUAAAAUGGAAGCAGGUAGAAGUUCUGUUGUUCGUGAACCUGGACGGUGGCGGUAAGAGGGACAGCUCAUAUUCUACUUUUCUGUCUCCCCGAGAACACCUUGGCGGCCCAACCCGUACUUGGAUGUAUAGUGGAAUCAUUUCAAAUGACUUGUCAUUCAUCAGAUUCAACAGAAGCCAUAGACAAUGAAAGGAGGUCUGAAACUGAAUCCAGAGCAGUAGAUUCAGAUCAGAACCGCAUUGCAGCAGCCAUGAGAGAGCUGAGAAGCACAGGUUGGUACUGGGGUAGUCUGACUGCCACUGAAGCCAAAGAGAUAUUACAGAAUACAACAGAAGGAACAUUUCUGAUUAGGGACAGCUCUCAGACGAACUACUUGUUUACAAUUUCUGCAAAAACAUCAGUGGGACCAACAAACUUGCGCAUAGAGUACAGGGAUGGCAAGUUCAAGCUGGACUCGGUGGUGUUUAUCAAGCCCAAACUCAAGCAGUUUGAAAGUGUGGUUAAUCUUGUGCAACAUUAUGUGUUUUUGUCCAGUGCUUCAAAAAGUUCAGAGUCUUUACUGCCUAAUGGAACAGUGCAACUGCUAUUGAUCAAGCCAGUUUAUAUGUCCACUCCAUCCCUGCAACAUCUGUGCAGGCUCUCCAUUAACAAAUCUACUAAGAAGAUUGAGGAGCUGCCCCUCCCUAAUCGAUUGAAGCAGUAUUUGACAGAGUACACUUACUGUGUAUGAACUGUAUGAAUUAAGUUGCACAUACAGCAUCAUAACAAGAACUUUGUACCAAAUGCUUAAGCACUUUUAUUUACUGUAACAAUACUUUAACAAUCCAGUUUAAUUGUUAUCAUAUCUACGAACAUUUAAGUGUACACUAUGAAAAAUCUUAAGGAACAACAUUUGUUUUGUUUUUUUUUUCAAUUGAUGUAUUAUAGGUCCUGUUUAAUGAAACUUGACUAUUUUUUCCAUGGGACCUGUAACCUUCAGUUUGAAUGGAUGUUCCUUUAACAAUAUCUAUAAAUAGUUGCACUACAGUACUGUUAUUUUGCUCUCUGGCCCAAUUUUUAAAAUAAUGCCAAAUUGUAAGAGCAGCUGUUGCCAGAGCAGUCUUUAUCUUGAAAAGUGCACAUUUUUUGUAUGUGUUUAUUGCAGUGGUGUAUGUCAUGCCUCCAAAAUAUUUUGAAGAGAUGUUAGUUUCCUAAUAAAAGUUGUCAUACAAAUUU